CUCAGGAGACCUGGCGAUUUUCUCUUCAUUCCUGUCUGUACGAGUGCCAGUGGAUCUGAUUACACCAAAAGUUCCAGGACUCAGGAUGCUACUGUUGCAAGCGCUCCUGUUCCUCUUAAUCCUGCCCAGUCAUGAAGGGAUUACUGCAACCGAAGGGCCAGGAGCUUUGGUCCCUCCACCCAAGGAAACUUGUGCAGGUUGGAUGGCAGGCAUCCCAGGAUAUCCUGGUCACAAUGGGAUACCGGGCCGUGAUGGCAGAGAUGGCACUCCUGGAGAGAAGGGAGAGAAGGGAGACGCAGGUGUUCUUGGUCCUAAGGGUGACCCAGGAGAUGCUGGAAUGACAGGAGCGGAAGGGCCACGGGGCUUUCCCGGAACCCCUGGCAGGAAAGGAGAGCCCGGAGAAGCCGCUUACAUGUAUCACUCAGCAUUCAGCGUAGGGCUGGAGACCCGCGUCACUGUCCCCAAUGUUCCCAUUCGCUUUACUAAGAUCUUCUACAACCAACAGAAUCAUUAUGACGGCAGCACUGGCAAAUUCCACUGCAACAUUCCGGGGCUCUACUACUUUUCCUACCACAUCACGGUGUACAUGAAGGAUGUGAAAGUGAGCCUCUUCAAGAAGGACAAGGCCGUUCUCUUCACCUACGACCAGUAUCAGGAAAAAAAUGUGGACCAGGCCUCUGGCUCCAUGCUCCUCCAUCUGGAGGUGGGAGACCAAGUCUGGCUCCAAGUGUAUGGGGAAGGGGACAACAAUGGACUCUAUGCAGAUAAUGUCAAUGACUCUACAUUUACAGGCUUCCUUCUCUACCAUGAUACCAACUGACUGCCACUAAUUCAGAGCAGCCCGUAGCCCCGAGAAUCAAAGAACAGGCGACAGGCUUUCAGCUUAGUUUGAGAGGUUGAUUGUAUUGCUUACUUUGAGGGUUCUGAGUGUUAUCCCCAUGAGUACUCAUUUGUUCAUUAAAUGACUUUAUAAAAAAUAAUUUCUGUGUUCCUAGUUGAGAAAAAAAGCACUCCCUAGUCUCCGCGCCUCUUUUUUUUUUUGAUCAUCAACAACUAUUUUUUAUUACAACUAUAUUGCCACUUUGACAUUGCAGUGUAAUUAGAGGUACUCAGGAUUAUUUUGUCUCCACAGUCUUUUAACCAAAGUUUCAUAUUUAGUCCUUUUGUAUUCUGGUUAAUACUUAUUAUAGAAUUGAUAUUUAGCCAUGUGGGAAAAAGUAACCAAUCUUAAGAAUCAGCAUCUAGCCACAUCUGUGAGAUAGCAUCUUCAGUCAAGACUGAUGUGAGAAGGCCCAUCUCACUGUGGGCUGAACCAGGACCUGGACGUAAGUGCAUUGACAGUCUAAGAAAGCAAGCUGAGUGUUCACCAGCCAGCUAGCCAGUAAGCAGCAUUUCACCAUGGCUUCUGCGUUAGUUCCUGCCUGAUUUCACUCUCGAUUGUCUAUAACCUGGAAUUAUAAGUUGAAAUAAAUCCUUCCCUUACCUAA